AUGGAUGCUAUUUUUGGCUUCGCCAUUGGAGGUGCGAUGGAACCUCUUAGAACCGGCGGUACAGGAUCUUUCGCCGCUUUCGCCCUUCUGUUCGGUCUAUUUCAAACUUUCUUACCGGUUGUUCCAGGUACUUGUAAUUUUAGCGUUUCGUCUGGAUCGUUCCCCAAGUCCAUCAGAGGACACGCUCUAGGAUUUUCCGCGGCAGUAGGUAAAGCAGGAGCAGCAGUCGGUAUUUUGAUUUACCCAUUGAUCAUCGCUCGAUUCCCAAUGAAAAUCAAGGGUCAUCAAGCUAUAAUUUUGGGAGGUAUUUUGGAACUCAAUGGAUGGAAUACAUCCGUGAUGGGUUCAGAUAGCGAGACGGUAGUCUCUACACCACCCAAUGAGCAGGACGAUGAUAAGCCUUAG